CACAUACAAACACACAACUCGCCUCUCCUGCUUAAACCCCGAUGUUCUGAUGAUGCUCCGGGUGCUGUAGCGGGUCUGCGGGCUGUGACAUGCCGGGAGGAGUGCAGCGGACCCCGGGAAGCACACAGACAUGCAGCGGGCCGUGGAGGAGCUGGUCCAGGCGCUGGAGACAUACCGCGGCCGGGACAAAGUGAUCCGUACAGCAUGUUAUGGGGCUCAGCUGGUGGGCGGAGUCUUGUGCCGUGACUCGUCCCCUGAUGGUUCGUCUCGGCGUUUGGGGCGGAGCUUGCUGCUGCUCUCUGCUCAGCUCAGCCACUGUAGGACCAUCCUGAGGCUGUUUGAUGACCUGUCCAUGUUAGCUUACUCCCACAGCUACGGGCUGGGCGCUACGGAGGAGGACUUGUGCGUGCGUGGCCUCUCUGUUCUCACUAAUAUGGCUGAUCAGCUGUACUAUCCGUGUGAGCAUGUGGCCUGGGCUGCAGACGCUCACCUGGUCCCAGUCCAGUCCCAGCGCUGGUGGCUCCUGAGCACCGUGCUGUGGGGGACCUCUCUGCUGCUCAGCAUACUCAGGUCUGUGCGUGUGGUGGUGCUUCUGAAGAGGAAGCUGCAGAAAUGUGAUAGAGGAGAAGAGGACAGGAGCAGGGUGCCAGGGCUAUGCAGACAGGUGAAGGUUGAGCUCCUGUCCAUGGUGAGCAAUGCAGCUGACCUGUGCAACGCGGUGCACUGGAUGCCCCCAGGCUUCCUCUGGGCGGGACGCUUCCCUGAAUGGACCGUCGGGCUCAUGGGGACCAUCUCCUCUGUGAUUGGUCUACUCAAGAUGUCCAGCAGCCAAUCAGAAGCCUAAUUGUUCAGACACAGUAGGCUUGUUUGAGAUCAGCUACAGCAGCACAGAUUCGAUGGGUGUUGAGCAAUGUGGAUCUGAAUGUGGUUAGAUUUGUGUCUGACUUGCUCUGUUGUCACAUGUACGUCUGUAACAGUGUUUGCCAUAAAGUCCCCCCUGGUCAGAUUUUGCCCCCCUUCACAAAUAGUUCAUUUUUUGUCAUCCAGGAGAGGUGCAAUUCAUCUCAAACAAGCCUAAUGAGCUCUGUCUAAAGCACGUAUUUCUACAGUUUGAGUAAAUUGUUAAUGUUCCAAAAUGUCCUAGAUCUAAUUUACUGCUGCUAAAUAGUCAAUAUUUCUUGAUUUUUUUUCUCAGUUAAUAGAUUCUUUCUAAAAAUUUCUGUAGUCUACUGCUGCAAUUUUGUACCAAUGUAUUUACUGUCUGCAGAAUGCAACUUGAUUAACAGCUGCACUCCCACCUAGUGUUGUCAAAAGUAUCCAAAAUCAGAUACAAAUCAAUCCUAAAAGUAGUGUCAAAACUAGAUACUAAUUUGAGCAAGUAUCAAUACUAAAAAAGCUUCAUUCACAAGACAGAAAUGAAGAUUUCCAGCUUUAAAAUGAUCUUGAGCUGUAUCAGAAAAAGCAGAAAAUCACAUAGACUAGUAUAGGCCCAUGCACCACUAUGGAGCCUACCUGGACGACUGAGGGAUUACACAGAUAUUGUUGUCUAAAUAAAGAGUGUUUUAUUAUUAUUAUUAUUAUUAUUAUUAUUAUUAUUAUUAUUAUUAUUAUUAUUAUUAUUAUUAU